CGUCUCUGAGUAUACCAAACGGAUGUUUGCAUUCAGAUAUUUACAUCCCUUAUAAUAUCGUUUUGUUGUAUCUGUGCAGACCUAUGCUGAAACAUUGUUAARGUGAGAGGCCACACGUCUGCCGAGGGAGACUACCAAAAAGGUCGGCUCGUUAACGUUAGUUUACCAAAGAGAGUCGACUGCAACUGACUUGAUAGCACAGUGAUAAUGGUGGGUUGGUGUGCUGUACCGGGUUGUAACACACAGGAAGAUGAAGACAUUCUUUAUCAUUGCUUGCCGGCGAAUGAUGUGCAAAGAUGCAGACGAUGGUUAGCAGCCAUACAAAAGGAUGUAAAUUUACCAGUGGAAAGACAUAAACAUUUCUUGGUGUGUGAACACCACUUCAGACCAGAGGAAUAUGAAAAGGAUUUGAUGGCAGAGAAGAUGGGCGCCAAACAUAAGAAAAAGCUUAAAUCCACCGCGAUUCCCACCAUAUUUCCAUGGACUGAUUACAUUUUGAAGAGAAUUCAGCCACACAGAAAACAUUUGAAUGRGGCCGGAAGUGAAAUGUUUCUGAGUGCAGUUGGCAGACUUGGUGCCAAACCAAAAUGUGAGCCUGGUACUACAACAACAGGAGCAGCAUCCCGGAUGUCAACAUCAGUGGUCCAACAACCUGCUGUAGUUCCUGUUGCUUUUUCAACACAGACUGUGAAGAGUGCAGUUGGCAGACUUGGUGCCAAACCAAAGUGUGAGCCUGGUACUACAACAACAGGAGCAGCAUCCCGGAUGUCAACAUCAGUGGUCCAACAACCUGCUGUAGUUCCUGUUGKUUUUUCAACAAAGACUGUGAAGAGUGCAGUUGGCAGACUUGCUAGUGGGCAGACGACAACAACAACAACGACAACAACAACAACAACAACAACCGGAUCCCGAAGGUAUCAAACUUAUAAAGAUGCAAAAGUCAGUUUUCGUGUCGGCUCAUCGCUACGUACAAGAGUACUUACCGGACCGUGGGAGACAGUUGCAGAUAAUUUAGUGCGGGGUCGUUUCAAAGCUAUCCCCAAAAACCUCAUGGCAAUCCCUGGCCUGGGCCACGCCAUGUUGGAGGAAGUGCUGAAGUUGGUAACUAAAGAAUGCGUCACCUUAGUUUCUAUGCGUUUUAACUCAGUACUACGCCAGACUAGUCCCCUUUCACUUAAAACCUUCAACUGGACCACUGUGACCGAUGAGUGGAAGAACUCAGCUCCAACCUUCUUCCGGUUUCUAUCCACUAGCUCAGCUACAGCGGACUUGAAUCCAAAUACACCCAAAUCAGCUAAAAGUUCUAUGGUGGCCAUGGCUGGAGCCUUACUACUUAGGGCUCGUUCAAAGAAUAUGUGUGCAGCCAUGUACAGGACCUCAAUGUUGCUACGGCAAGGACGAACCAGGACGAGAUGCCAAAACAAGCUUGCAAAAAUGGGAGUUUGUGUUUCAAGUCACAGUAGCUUAACAAAGAGGAGAGAAAUUACAUUAUCUUAUGAUAAAGACUUUGCUGCCUGCCAUACCCGGACCGCUAUUGAAGACCAACCAAUAAGCCUACUGACCAGCCCACCCUAUCCAGUGAUGACACCUUUGUCACUGGAGGAUGGAGAUCCCGGUUGCUCUGGAGAGAAUGUAGCAGAGACUACUGUUGUGUUGCCGGGCAGUGACAAUGAAGAUGCCACUGCGCUGACGGAUGAGGAGUUCUGGCAGUUCUCCAGGGAGCAGGAUGAAGAUGAGGAUGAAAAGGAGAACAAGACUGCGUACAGGAAGUCAGUCCAGCGGAAACGGGGYAAACGGCUCUCUGCGAAGAAGUUCUUCAAAGUGCAAAAGAAAAAUAAAGCUGUGCAAACACGUCGUCAUGGAACCAGCGUCGAUGUUUCUCCUGAGAGUGGUGACCUGUGUGUGAACAGAGACUGUCUCCUGCAUCUCUUCCGGUGGUGCAGGAGGUGUGGAUUUGAGUGCAAGGUCAGCUUGCAGGGCCAACAGAGGAGCUUCUCUGUCAUUCAGAUGUGCCCAAUAUGCAGUCACACCAGGAAGUGGAUGAGCCAGCCUUUUGUUGCUGAGGAAACCUCUGGAGAAAGAGAGACGGAGCUACUGGAUGGAGAGGAACCAUGUAAGGACAGAGACCAGGAUGACAGUUGUUCGUUGACGAUGGAAAUCACUGAGGAGAUGUGUGACUAUGAUGAGGAAGUCUGUCCUCGGAGGAAAAGGGGAAAGGAGAGAUCAGAUGAGAGAUCAGAUGAGACCGAGUGGGAGCCGUCUGAUGAGGAAGACAUUGUAAUGGACUCUGAUUCUUCUGAGGAUUUGGAAACGGCAGGUUCCUCUGGUCUAACAGAAAAGGCCAACGUUGAUAAUUCUCAGAGCGGAAUAGAGAAAGAUGAGAGACUUGUGGAGUGGUGUACUGACUGUGGAGCCGAGCCCGUACUCGCCUGCACCACACAGCGCCAUAAGAAYCUGUACGCCUGUGGUGUGUGUGUGAGUGAGGUCCAACAAGCUGUUGGAUUUGACCGAUUCUACAUGCAGUUCGAGGACCCGGACAGCUUCAAGGAACAUGUACGACGGGAACACAACACACAACCUCAUAGUUGCUCUUUCUGCCUCAAGCCAUUCAGGACCAAACAGGACAAGCUUACCCACGAGGAAACCAUCGGCAUCCGUAUCAUUGCUCAGAAUGCUCAGAAAAGAUUCAAGAACAUUAGACUACGGAAACAGACACCUUCAGAGCCACAGAGGUCCAACGACAGCCCCGUCCACAGUGGCCAGAAAGCCCACAAGUGCCAGCUGUGCCGACGCUCGUAUGCCCAGCCGAGCCACCUCAAGUCCACAUGCGCCUCCACACAGGGGAGAGGGCCCUUCAAGUGCAAGCAGUGUGAGAAACUUAAACACCUCCAGAAACAUACAGCCGUCCACAGUAGGCAGAGACCCACACGUGCCAGCUGUGCCAACGCUCGUUCACUGAAAGAGACACCUCAGAGCCACAUGCGCUCCAAGUGCCAGCAGUGUGAAAGUGUUUCAAUCGCAUAG